UCCUGUAUCAUCAUGGCAUUCAUUUGAUCACCCCGGCCCCAGCUUCUUAGUCAGUCGCCUUAGCUCGGUAUAGUCCACGAUUCGCCAUCUUGAACCUCAAUUCGUACUUCCCACCUCGAUAUCGUCCAGGUCGUAACCCUCUCUAUAAUACUCCAAAAUGGCAUCCCGUCGCGCUCUCUUCUCUUCGGCUUCGCGCGCAUCAGCUGCUAUCCAACCCGCCCGACCAAUCUUUAUAAUUGCAGCUCGCUUGGCAAGCCCCUCGCUACCAUCCCUAGCUUUUGCGCCCUUUGCCUCUACUAGAAGCUACGCUGCCAAAACCAAAACCAAAGCCAAAGCAAAACCGACAGCCGACCUUGGCCCUCCGGACCCCAAGCCGUGGACCUUUGAAGAUGUAAAGAAACAUGUUGAGAAAUUCGACCAGGGCAAUGUAGUCCUUGUCGACGUCCGAGAACCGAGCGAGCUUUUCGAGACGGGCAAGAUCCCCGGCGCGAUCAAUAUUCCCAUCACAUCGGCAGCCCAGAGCUUCCACAUCUCCGACGAGGAUUUUGAGGACAUGUACGGCUUCGAGAGACCGGCAAAGAACCAAGAGCUUGUAUUUUAUUGCAAAGCAGGAGUGCGUGCAAGAGCGGCUGCGCAAUUGGCUCAACAUGCUGGUUGGCAGAAGAUCGGCGACUAUGCGGGUAGCUGGCUAGACUGGGAAGCUCAGAAAGGACCAGUUGAGAAGGUUAAGAAACCAUAUUGAACAGACAGAGCUUGAUGAAAUGCAGACAGGGCAGAAUG